UAAAACAACAAACAAACACUACUCUCAUGUGGUUGUUAUCAUUUUGUAGUCAAUUACUAUUAGCACCUCCUGAGGCUGUGAUAUAGCAUAGCAUAGUGUACUCUACUCGAAUCCUUCAAAAUGACGAUGCAAUCGCAUCUUCUGGUGGGACCCAUCUCCAUCACCGCCGCUGAUUCUACUUACCUCUCCUCCGCGCCUCGCCGCCGGAGACAUCUACUCAUCUCAGCUUCCUCAUCUUCUUCUUCAGCAGUCAACGGCGGUGGUGAUCAUUACACCGUACUCGGUGUCGCUCGUUCCGCCGACGUUGUUGAUAUCAAACGUGCUUAUCGCCACCUCGCCCUUAAGUAUCAUCCUGAUGUUAGCAAGGAUUCACAUGCUUCUGAAUUGUUCAAGAGUAUCCGUCAUGCUUAUGAAGUACUUUCCAAUGAAACAACUAGAAUUCAGUAUGAUCGGGAACUUCAAUCUGGUCACAAGUCUUACCAAAAUAAAUGGAGUUACAGCACUGAAUUUGAAGAUGAGGUAAGAAGCUAUAGGCAGGCUUACACAAGGAGGGAAAUGAAUAGAGAAAGAUACUGGGAGCAUUACAAUGUCGAUGAGGAUUACUACAGCAGCGACGAAGACGAGGAGGAAGAUGAAAGAAAUUUAAACAAAGAAAGGGGUUCAUUUAUUGAUGUUCUUAGAUCAGCAUUCUUGUCAUUAUUAUUAUUCCAGACAUUAGGAGCUCGAAUCUCCCUUACAUUUAGCAGUGUGACAGCAGUGUUUGAUAACAAAUUAGAUGCUGGAUAUAAAGUUGGUUAUGUAAUAGCAUGGAUUUUGGGUGGAAGGGUUGGCAUAAUGUUAACAUUGUUCUUGUCAUUUUUAACUUGGAUUUGUGGGAAAACCAGUAGUAGUGUGGUUGCAUUGUUUAUGGUGGCGAUGUGGGUUGGCUCUUCCCUUGCAAGUUAUGCACCAGUUCCUCAAGGUGCUCUGUUAACGCUUAUCUACAUGUCCAUUAAGCUGCAAUCUAAUCAGAUAUAAAGAUCACGCCUUUGCUAGUAUUUCUGUCUUAUGAAUCUGUAUGAUGUCAAUGUUCUGUGUUUGUACAUUAUUAUAUAAUCCAGUAAAUAAAUGUAUGUAAAUUUAAGCCA